GCGCCACCACCACCAUUCAAAGCCAAAAACCUUGCGAGGGGUUUGAAUGGAUUCAAAGGUUUUGUGUGCUUGAUCGUGUGACAGCGAGAGGGUUUGGUUUGCGGGCAUUUGAUGCGGUUUGCUGGUGAGUCGCUGUUGGUUUUGGUCGAUUUUUCUUUCACGAGCGAGAGUCCUAGACCCCCUUCCUUUUUCUUCCUCCCAUCGAUCGAAGCUCUCUCCCUGGCGCGCGAAGCUGGAAGUUUAUCUUUUUCUUCGUGUGCGUGUGAGCAGUGCCAGUCGGGGUGUGUUAAUGGUGUGAGCGAUGCAUUGAAAACGUUUGGUCGUCAUUUGUACGCCGUCUUCCCUGACUUGCGACGAGGAGAACUCCACUCUCUCUCUCUCAUCUCGCUCUUUCUUUCCUCUCUAAUCUUUGUCUUCUUCUCCCACUCUAUCGUUCGAUCAAUCUUGGCCCGCGACGCCACGGCCCAGCGCAACAGCGUGCUUUCUUCUUUUUUUCUUAGUUUUUUGGUGGAAUCGCAAUCGCCCACCACUGUUUUAAUACCUAGCUAGGCCUCUUCGCUUCGUCUUCUUCUUCAUUUUCUCUACAAGGUCUUCGGUGGCGGUGCCGCCCAGCGAGGAUUUUCCGCGCCAAAGCGAGCCGCUUCCCGGCAGAAUCCAGCGUCUCGCAGCGACCCAUCGCAGCAAAAUCGCAAAUUGGUUCGUCAAGCCGCUGGAAUUGGGCAGAGGAACAUAGCGUUGUAGUAUGGCAGUGGCUAUGGAUUCCGGAUGGACGUCACCUCGCUUUGGCAUUGGCGGCGGCGCAGGGGGCAAGAAGCGAGGCUGGGGUGAAGAUCAGAACAAGCUCCUCCAGUUCAUGAUUGGGCAGCCGAUCGAAUCCAGCAACGAUCAGACGAGCACCACGACUUUGGAUCUCUUGGGCGGCUCUUCGUCUUCCUCCACCAAGACUCCUGUCACCGAGACGCUCGAUUUGAAGCUCGACAUGGAGAUGUCCGCUCCAAGCGGCUGGGAGAAGAGGCUCGAUUUGAAACUCGGCAAAUUCUACUACGUGAAUCUCAGCACCGGCAAGAGCACGUACAAUCACCCAUUCGCGAUCGCAACGAGCUGCUGGGAUUUGCAAUCGGAGCUGGACAGGAUGAUGUCAGGCUCGCCAUCGCCAUCGCCAUCCUCGUCGUUCGAUUUGGUCGAUUUGAAGCUCAAUCUCGCCGUGGGCAGCACUAGUGCCAACUCGGGUUCCUCGUCCAGGGAGUCGAUGCCCAGCCUGGGCAUCUCCACGAUCGAGGCGGUCCAGGAGGCGCUCAAGCGAUCGAUCAAAUCCCCGACCUCCUCGGCGACAUCAUCGUCGGAGAUCCAAUUGGACGAUCGAUCCAGGAGAGGAGGGGGGGUAGUCGCGGAGGAAUCGACGAGCGUCCCAAGCCCCCGGGUUGUUCUCACCGGCUGCAAGCGGUGUCUCAUGUACGUGAUGCUCACGCGCUCGGAUCCACGGUGCCCGAAAUGUGGGAGCUCCGUGAUCAAUCCUCUCCAAGAUUUGCCAAGCAAGAAGCCACGAUUGGAGCUCGAUUUGUUGUGACGGUGAGCUCUCUCUCAUCUGGAAGAAGAACCGUCACACUAGUUGUUCUUGCCACCCCCAAACUAUAGAAAUACAAUGAAUAGCAUGAUCUUGGGCGAUAA